AGGAACGAGAGAAAGGAGAGGGAAGAGAGAGAGGGAGAGAGAGAGGAAGAACGAGGAUCGAGAGAGAGAAGGCACGUCGCAGCGGGAGAGGAGAGAGAGAGAGAAGCCAGAGAGAGAGAGAAGAUAGAGAGAGAGGAGGCGCGAGGCAGCAGGGCCAGAGCAG